AACCCUUUUUAUGAGAUUAAAACCUUGGAGACAACUUGCGAACAAGCAACAAUGGAACAAGGAGAAGGUUCUGGUUCAAAGCCCUCUGAUGAAAUUUGGUCCAAACUCGUGCCAUCAGACUCCAGAUAUUCAGACGUCGAAUUGUGGUCAGAUGAGGCGGAGAUACGUUCAGAGGUCAAAGUCUCUUCAUUCGAAAAGGAGGGAUGGUGCAAAAUUACAAGAAAUUUGGAUCUCUCUUCUGCAAUGUUGCAAAAUAACAGUUCAAAUGUGAUAUCUGUUGAUGGGACUGAUGUUCAAACUAAAGAUACGAUCAUGAUUCGUUGUGGAAGUGAGAUAAUUCCUGGCCCUGCUUCGGAAGGCUAUUUGAGUUACCGAUUUAAAGUGAUGCCUAUGAAUGAGUCUGCCAAGAAGGUGUUGAAGAUUUCUUUAGAUUCCGAUCAUGCAAAAUGCAGCAUAUGUUUAAAUAUUUGGCAUGACGUUGUCACGGUUGCUCCCUGCCUCCACAACUUCUGCAAUGGAUGCUUCUCGGAGUGGUUGAGAAGGUCACAAGAAAAACAUUCAAGUGUUCUUUGUCCUCAUUGCAGAGCCGUUAUACAAUUUGUGGGGAGAAACCAUUUCCUCCACAACAUUGAAGAGGAAAUACUGCAAAGUGAUUCUUCCCUAAGACGCAGUGACAAAGAACUUGCCGCUUUAAACUCCUAUGCGUUAAUAAAAUCACCUUUUGUCAUUGACAACGGAAAGAAGUCUCGACGCAAGAGGUCACGUUUGCAGCCAGAAGAAGAUAGUAAUGUCGUGGAUCUUUCAUGUGCUCAAUGUGGCAUGGAGUAUGCAGGGUUUCAGUGCAACCAAAACACGGUGCAUCUGCAAUGCCAUGCAUGUGGAGGAAUGAUGCCUUCUAGAACCAAUAUACGCGUACCACAACACUGCUUAGGAUGUGAUCGAGCAUUUUGUGGUGCUUAUUGGCAUUCCCAGCAGGUUACCAGAAGCGACACACAUCAUAUGUGUGCUCUCGAGACUUUCAAGCCAAUUGCAGAGCGAACCCUUACAAUAAUUCCGUUUCUGGCACAUGAACGGAACCGACAUGAACAAGAUAUCACUGAAAGAUGUAUACUGCAAAUGGGGAAAACACUGCAGAAUGUUGUCUCGGAAUGGAUUACGAAGUUAAAUAAUCGGGAAAUAGAUCGGACAAGGAUGCCACUGAAUCAUACCGAGAUGAUUACUGCAGAAACACAUAUUUGCAAUGAUUGCUUUGAUAAGCUAGUGUCGUUCCUCUUGUACUGGUUCCGGAUCAGCUUGCCGAAAUAUCUUCUACCUGGGGAUGCAUUGCAAAGGGAAGAUUGUUGGUAUGGCUACACUUGUCGAACACAACAUCAUAAUGAAGAUCAUGCUCGUAAGAGGAAUCACGUUUGUCGUCCCACCAGGGGUAGUAUUGGAAAUUAGCUUGAAUUAAUUCGUUUUCUAGUUUCCUUGUUCAAAUGAUAUGUUGUUAGAGUUUCGAUGCUUUUUAAGGUAGCGUAAAAGUGUUUUCGAAGUGCGUAGGAUGAUAAUUUUCUUUUCCUUCUCUAAAUUCUUCAACUUUGUGGGAAAACAUUUAUUUUUCUCA